UGCAGCUGGCCGAGCAAACCAGCAGUGCAGCAAAACAUCUGCCAUAUCUUGGAUGCACACAGAUAUCCCUCCUUAUUCCCCAUUCACACCCGUCGUUCUUUGCAAUACGCUUUGCUUUGUGUCCUCAAGAGAUCUCUCUGUACCCCGCUCUGCUUUCUCUAUUUCCUCAGGAUUUAAUCCUACUAGCUGUUUUCCCCUCUCUUCUCCUCUAUCCCCACUGACUCCUCCCUCCGUUGCUCUCAUACUCCCUCACUCACGAACGAACACACUUGAACACAAGCACACAUACAUGCGCACACACACACCCUCCUCCCCCAUCGCUGCAGUGUCUCUUAACUGCCUUGGAGCUAACAAGAGGGGAAAUAGCACACCGACAAUUAUAAGAGGAGGAGAGAGCACGACACAACGAAAGAGUGUCAGUGAAUGAGUGCAUGUGUGAGAGGAGAUUCAGACGGAUCCGAGGAUGUUGGCGAUUCAGGAGUAAAGGGACGGAUCGCGCGCUCCCUCUGCCUCCCAAGCGAAUGUUUGUCUGCAGUGUUGCUGGUGAAUGGACGGCAAGCAGUGAAACGGAACGUGGGCCUUUAGCUGCCUCGCUGGCUUAUGUAAGCAGGACGAUCUAGUACACAGUCACCCAAAACAGUCCACAAGAACAAAGGUCUGACAUUCCAUCGUAUGAAAAGAGUCUGAAGAAAAUUAAAGGAGGUAGGAGUUGUCUACAGAUGAAUCAGUCACAGAAAAACAGGGAAGCACACUGGACGCCAUGAGGGAGGAGAGCGAAGGAAUUUUACGAUUUCGACUUUCUCUCGAUGAACAUUGAUAGUCCACAUAAAGCCCACUGUGCUCGGGGGAGAGAGUCCCCUGAUAUGAACCCCAAGUCCUUGGGAUCUCAAAGGCAAUUGCCCUUAUGCCAGGGCCUGAGUGGGUCUUCCACCAUGUCAUGGUAGCAUUGUGCGCCAAAAAAAUCAACCCUUAAAAAAAUCAUAAACUGUAGACUUGAACAAUGCAAGUUGUCUAACACCAAUCUGAAACAGGUUUCCAGCAAAAGCUUCCUCUAGUCUCCGCUCAACUGUAUCAACGUAUCUUGUUUACAUUGCAUACUUUUUAAUAUCCACUCUCUCACUCCCUGGGAUUACCAGCUCAAGUCCAGGUGCAGUCAACCAUGGGGUGCCGGCAGAGUUCGGAGGAGAAGGAGGCCGCCCGGCGCUCACGGCGCAUUGAUCGACACCUCCGCUCAGAGAGCCAGCGGCAGCGACGUGAGAUCAAACUUCUACUGCUCGGCACCAGCAACUCUGGCAAGAGCACCAUCGUGAAGCAGAUGAAGAUCAUCCACAGUGGAGGCUUCAACCUAGAGGCUUGCAAGGAAUACAAGCCCCUCAUUCUCUACAACGCCAUCGACUCACUCACCCGCAUCAUCCGUGCCCUCGCCACCUUGAAGAUCGACUUCCAUAACCCCGAUCGAGCUUAUGAUGCAGUGCAACUCUUUGCCCUCACCGGGCCUGCUGAGAGCAAGGGUGAGAUCACACCAGAGCUCCUGGGGGUGAUGAAGCGCUUGUGGGCCGAUCCAGGGGUCCAGGAGUGUUUCUGCCGCUCCAAUGAGUACCAUCUAGAGGACAAUACGGCCUAUUAUCUAAACGACCUGGAUCGCAUUUCUGCGCCAGAGUACAUCCCAACCGUUGAGGACAUUCUGCGCUCACGAGACAUGACCACUGGCAUUGUUGAGAACAAAUUCACCUUCAAGGAGCUCACCUUCAAAAUGGUGGACGUGGGUGGCCAGCGUUCAGAAAGGAAGAAGUGGAUCCACUGUUUUGAGGGUGUGACUGCCAUUAUAUUCUGUGUGGAGCUCAGUGGCUAUGACCUCAAGCUUUAUGAAGACAACCAGACGAGCCGUAUGGCGGAGAGCCUGCGUUUGUUCGAUUCCAUCUGCAACAACAACUGGUUCACCAAUACCUCGCUCAUCCUCUUCCUCAACAAGAAGGACCUGCUGGCCGAGAAGAUCAAGCGUAUUCCGCUGACGGUCUGCUUCGCUGACUACAAGGGCCAGAACACCUACGAGGAGGCGGCUGUGUACGUGCAAAGGCAGUUUGAGGACCUCAACCGCAACAAGGAGACCAAGGAAAUCUACUCGCACUUCACUUGCGCCACUGAUACCAGCAACAUCCAGUUUGUGUUUGACGCGGUGACGGACGUGAUCAUCCAAAACAAUCUCAAGUACAUUGGGUUGUGCUAGGACGAGGGGACGGGGGAGAGGGGAGACAGGUGCGGCAAACAAAAAACCCUUUGGCGAACAAUGAGGCUUGCCUGUCGAUUGAUCCGGGCACCCUCAAAAACGCUUGUUGAAACAGGAAACUCGGAUGAGGCCCAGAGGCAGGGCUAAAUGCUGCCAUUAUGCUAGAUUUAUCAAUGUCAAAAAAGUAAAGGUCAAGGAGGAUUUUACAAGGUUGGUAUAAAUGUGUUUGCACUGAACAUAUGACUAUGUAGACACACACACACACACAUGCAUCGUUAUGUUUGUUCACACACAACGGACUUUGGAUCAGUUGUCAAGCACAUGUUUGACAUGGAAACACUGGAAACAGAUCUCCCUGCUCCUUUCUUCCCUGAGAAAUAGCAGGAAUUCUUUAGCAUCUACUAAAGGUAUAGUUCACACAAAAAAGACAAAAAGUAAUCAUUUACUCAUAUCAUUCCAAACCUGUUUGACUUACUACUUUCUUCUAUGCAACACAAAAGGAGAUGUUUAGCAGAAUGUUCAUGCUUCUCUUUUCCAUACAGUGAAUAUGAAUGGUGAAAUGACAAAAACAAACAAACAUACAAAAAACACCAUACAUGUAGCAUAACAUAUGACUUGUGUGAUUAUUAUUAAGGAAUACAACCAUAUGCACAUAUUCAAAUUUGGUGCAAUUACACUAGCACUACAAUUUUUAUGUCAACUGAAGAAAAGGUAGUGUUUGCCUCAGCAGUCAGGGCACUGAUCAGGGAGUCAGCCAUUUUAAGGGUUGUCUCAAUUGCUAAAUCCUUCCAGUGCACUGAAACGUUUGCUCCCUAAAAAGUCCCACAAUGCACCAUGAAAACCAGGGAGCAUGGAUGCUCACUGUGUUUCCUUAAAAGACGUUCUGAAGUGCAAAACAUAAAUCACCAUCUCACUACACAAUGACAGUAGAUAUUUUUAAAAAUACAACCAUUAUUUAAUUAUAUUUCAGCAUAAACAUACAUCUCUAGGCAGGUAAUGAACAUAAUCUAGCUAACAAUUAUAAUUUUUUUUUAACAUCUGAAAUGUUGCACAUAUAUGUAACAAGCAAGGUAUUUAUCAUAAUGUAUUUUAAAUAACAUUAAAAAAAUUCUGUCAGAAAGUCAUCAGUUUUGCUGUUGUUCAUAAAUACCAGUAGCGAUGUUGUACAAUGUUGUCGCGUCGCCGGAAAUAGAGUCAUCAGUGUCCCAGUGUGUAGUGAGCCAGGGUUCUUACUGUUCUUACCAGUGCCCGAAUUCAUGUACGCGAUAUACUGAUUCACGACCUGGGAAGCUAGGGAGCUGAUUGAGAUGCACCCUAUGAGAUUUUUGUCCCUCAGGUUCCUGUUUCAAUGCAAAUCAUAUUUUGGCCCAUUUUAUUGCUCACCUAGGGAAGAUUGUAAUUUAUAUGGUUUAGAAAAGUAACACUUUCAAUAUAAAAUAUAAUAUAAAAACUAUAUGUACAUACCCAGUUUGGUGCAUCGCAAUUAAGAUAUACACUCAAGUCAAACCUGUCAUGACACGUCUUGAUGUGCUAUAUUUGAAUAUACAUGAACGUGAAUGAGAUUUGAGAGCUGCUAUGGAGAAGAUUAUCAGUGAAUAACGACUUACAUGUUAGGAUUUUCCUCACACAAAUCUAUUGCAUGACUUCAUAAAACUUGGAAUAUUGAUUAUAUGGACUGCUUUUAUAGUACUUUUUUGGAGCUUAACAACCCCUGGUCACCAUUCAUUGUCAUUGUGUGGAAAAGAGCGGCAUGAACAUUCUGCUAAAUAUCUCUAUUUGCAUUCCACAGAAGAAAUGAAGUCAUAUAGAUUUGAAGUGAUAUAUGGGCGAGAAAACGAUAACAUUUUUACUUAAAGGUGAACCAUUCCUUUAAAUUUUGUCUUUCUUUUUAGGUUCUUUGAUUUGCCUGAUUUAAGUAAUGCUGCUUUUGGAGAGGAUAUAAAGAGUUUAUAUGAAAGUGUAAUUGUAUAUGAGAGGUUAUCCUGAGAGAAAGAAAAAGAAUUAUGAUGUCAUUUGGUUUUGCUUCAAAGGUGAAAUCUGCCACUGUCUGAAUAUGGAGUCAAAUGGCAUUUUUACUCACAUUCACACUGUAGAUUAUUUUUGGCUGUCUGGCCCCUAGGAAGCAAUCUAUUUUCUUGUUUCUUUUUAUUCUUGUUUUCCUUCAGCCUAAAAUAGGAUGUAAUCCAGAGUUUGUAGAGCAAGCGUCCUUCUUUCCAUGAGAGUGUUACACUGAUAUGAGCAUUAAGUGUUUCAUAACGAUCAUUCCAGAUUCAAAGAAAAAUAAACAGUGCCAAUAUUAAUGUAAAUAAAAAAAGGCCCGCCAAUCAUGUUACUUUUUCGGUUUUUAUGGACAAAAAAAGUAUAUAUAUAUUGAAACAUUAAAUAUGCAUGAUUUUGUUACUUUGGGAUUUUGAUAAAUUAUAGUUUGAUUUGCUUUCUUAUAUUUUUAGUUUUACUAACAUGCUCCAAAAAUAUAUAAAAGUCAAACACUGUGUACGAUUGUACAGUUGUUUCCUGCAAGGUAUUUAUUGAAAAGAGUUUUAUGUGCAGAAAGAUUCAUUUUACGUCCGGCGCAACCUAAACUCAGCACGAAAACAUAAAAAAAAGGAUUUACUCCUCAAAUUUUGUCUGCAACAGAAAAAGAGAGAAAGAGAGAGAAAAGAAAAUCUAUAAAAAAGCAGAUCUUUUUAUCCUGGUGUCAUUUUGAGUGGACGUUGUCCGCUGUAUGUGUAAAUACUAUGUGAGGUACACUUUGUGAGACAAUGAAAAAAAAAAAGAAAUCACUUUUUAAGAUGCAGGGCUGAUUGACAGAUUAAAGGGGUCCACCCCGCUCCAGUCCUCCUCCUGUUCUGCUAUGACGAUGUACAACAAACCCAAAUAAGGGCUUCAGGAUUGAUUUUACAGGAUGUCCACCAAAAAAAAGAAAAAAAAAGAAACAAAGAAACAAAUAAUAAAGUAUAAAAGAACAAUAAUAGUGAAUAAAAACAAUUAUGCAAA